CCCUCCCCCGCGAGCUGCGCACCGGCAGCCGGCUGACCCAGCAGCCCGCGCCCGCGCCCGCGCCCUUGUCCGCGCGAGCCGGCGGCGGGCUCCAGUCAGCCGGCGACAUGAGCGGCGGCGGCGACGACGUGGUGUGCACCGGCUGGCUGAGGAAAUCGCCUCCCGAGAAGAAGUUGAGGCGCUAUGCCUGGAAGAAACGCUGGUUUAUACUGCGGAGCGGCCGGAUGAGUGGCGACCCAGAUGUUCUGGAAUAUUACAAGAACGAGCACUCGAAGAAACCCCUGCGGAUCAUCAACCUGAACUUGUGUGAGCAGGUGGAUGCAGGCCUGACCUUCAACAAGAAAGAGCUGCAGGACAGUUUUGUGUUCGAUAUCAAGACCAGUGAACGCACCUUUUACCUGGUGGCUGAGACAGAGGCCGACAUGAAUAAGUGGGUCCAGAGCAUCUGCCAGAUCUGCGGCUUCAAUCAGGCUGAGGAGAGCACAGACUCCCUGAGAAACCUUUCUUCAGCCAGUCAUGGUUCCCGCUCUUCUCCAGCUGAGUUCAGCGGCUCCACUCAGCACCUGCUCCGGGAAAGGAAGUCCUCCGCCCCUUCGCACUCCAGCCAGCCCACUCUGUUCACGUUUGAGCCCCCCGUGGCAGGCCACGCCCAGCCUGCCUUGUCCACCAGUGCGCCUCAGGAGUACCUCUACUUGCACCAGUGCAUAAGCCGAAGGACAGAAAACUCGAGGAGUGCCAGCUUCUCUCAGGGCACCCGGCAGAAGAGUGAUACAGCCAUGCAAAAACUUGCCCAGGGCAAUGGACACUGUGUCAAUGGAGUCAGUGGUCAAGUCCAUGGCUUCUAUAGCCUUCCCAAGCCAAGCCGACACAAUACAGAAUUCAAAGACAGUACUUACGACCUCCCUCGUAGCCUGGCUUCACACGGCCACACCAAGGGCAGCCUCACAGGGUCUGAGACAGAUAAUGAGGAUGUGUACACCUUCAAGACACCCAGCAACACCCUGUGUCGGGAGUUUGGAGACCUCCUAGUGGACAAUAUGGAUGUUCCAACCACCCCUCUCUCAGCCUACCAGAUCCCUAGAACAUUCACACUGGACAAAAACCACAAUGCCAUGACAAUGGCCCCUCCUGGAGACUCAGCCAUAGCUCCCCCACCCCGCCCCCCCAAGCCAAGUCAGGCAGAAACACCUCGGUGGGGCAGCCCUCAGCAAAGACCUCCAAUCAGUGAAAAUAGUAGAUCUGUAGCUGCUACUAUCCCCAGGCGCAAUACCCUCCCCGCAAUGGACAACAGCCGACUCCACCGAGCUUCUUCCUGUGAGACCUAUGAGUACCCAACACGAGGCGGAGAGAGUGCCAGUUGGUCUGCUGAAUCUCCAGGGAAGACCAUUGUGGGUCGAUCAGACAGUGCCAGCUCUGAUGACAACUAUGUGCCCAUGAACCCAGGUUCUUCUACCCUGCUGGCUAUGGAACGAGCAGGGGACAACUCCCAAAGUGUCUACAUCCCCAUGAGCCCAGGGCCCCAUCACUUUGACCCGCUUGGCUACCCAUCCACAGCCCUUCCUAUUCAUAGAGGUCCCAGCCGAGGAAGUGAGAUCCAGCCACCCCCAGUCAAUCGCAACCUCAAGCCUGACCGGAAAGCAAAGCCAACACCCCUGGACCUGAGAAACAACACUGUCAUCGAUGAGCUCCCCUUCAAGUCACCUGUCACCAAGUCUUGGUCCAGGGUCAACCACACCUCUAACUCCAGCGCCUCCCAGUACUGCCGCCCCAUCUCCACACAAAGCAUCACCAGCACAGACUCGGGAGACAGCGAAGAGAACUACGUCCCCAUGCAAAACCCAGUGUCUGCAUCCCCUGUUCCCAGUGGCACCAACAGCCCAGCUCCAAAGAAGAGUACUGGCAGUGUGGAUUACCUAGCCCUGGACUUCCAGCCAGGCUCCCCGAGCCCUCACCGCAAGCCAUCCACAUCAUCUGUCACAUCGGAUGAGAAGGUAGACUAUGUCCAAGUGGAUAAAGAGAAGACCCAGGCCCUGCAGAACACCAUGCAGGAGUGGACAGAUGUGCGACAGUCCUCAGAACCUUCCAAGGGUGCCAAGCUGUGAUAAAGGGGGCCGCCAAGGCAGCUCAAGGGCCAUGAGGCAGCUGCUCAGAGCUGGCUCUUCUUUGUCACCUUCUCCAUCCCUUCCCACCCCUCCUCUCCUCUGUACCACUUUCAGCCUUUAAAGCACUCGACAUCAGGGACCCUGACCCUUACCCCUUCAAGGCAAGGGCCUGAUGGAGACACUCCUCUGCCACUUGGGGUCCACCUAUGACUUCUGUCAAUACUACUAGCUGUGCUUCCACCACCUUAGUUAGGAGCUGUUGCCAAAAAAGCCUCCUGCUCUGGACCCAUUUGUCUGCUGCUUGGACUCUUAGAGGGAGGGCUGAGGCUCUGAGCCAGUUCAUGCCUCAUGUCUGCUCACCGCUCUCUACCCUCUACCUCAGGGCUGCUUCUCCAUCCCUCGAGGAUGAUAACCCAGGGAGCCGAGGACCAGCAGACUAAAGUAGACAUGGGCUUUCACACCCCUGCUGUUUGGGGCAAGAGAAAGGCAAGGUGCCACAAGAAGAAAGGUUGAUAAUGAAGGUCAGAAGUUGCCUUGAGUGACAAAGAAAUUAGGUUCCCAGGAACAGAAGGGUAGCUGGUCACCUGCAAGGUGAUACCCAAUUAUCAGGCCAUGGGGACCCGCUGCUGUAGACUGGGAGGCAAAGGAUGAAGGGCAGCAGGAAGGAAAACUGGUAAAGACAGGCAACCAGGAACAACACGGAACAGGGCUUGAGGUGACAAACCCGGGGAUAGAGGAGUCUGCCACCUGGAACAGGCAGAGCUCUUCCCUGGCCCUGAUGGAGAGAUGAGACAGAGCGGGAAAGAGUAGGGGUGAUGCAGGGGCUGGGAGGCAGGGGGACCCUGGGACAGGAGUGUGCUAGGCCCAGGGCAGCACGGGCUGCGGCGGCUGCGGCAGCGAUGGCACAGGACGCAGGUUUCUAGGAGGUAAGAGGGUGCAGAGAUGACUUCAGGGCUGGGAGGCAAGUUGUAGCAGGUGGGGAGGUGUGCAGAGGGCCUGAUGGAGCCCAAGGCCACAUGCAGGAGUGCAGCAGGAAGCAGAAGGGGGAGGAGCCAUACUUGAUCAAAUCUAGGCAACACAUGAGGAUCUGGGUAACAGCUUGUGCCUGAUAGAGACACCCUUGACCGAGGGCCAGGCCAGGUCUUUUUCUCAGCUCUUCUCUCUGCUGUCCUCAGCUGCAGGAGAGAUUAUCCCUCUCCUCCCAUGGCAUCAGAGAGAUGGGAAGCAGACAUCACCUAAGUAAGGCUAAGACACGGCAGGGAGAUCGGAAUGUGUUUGUGUGGAAAGUUGUUAACCAAAUCUUCAAGCAUUUCAGAGAAAAUAGGGCAAACCAGCAUUUUAUUUUGUCUUAAAUGAACAGACCGUUGUCCUCUAAAACUAGGACCUUUCAGCAACUAAAGGCACACCUCACCUUUCUCGUCUAGAGAGUCCUAACUAGGAGUCCCUCAGUAAUAGACCCUCUUCUCACAUUAGGAUGGGUCAUUUAAUUUAGUAAUGGUGGCCAAGCUCUGUGCUACAGAUGAAUCAUACCUUGUCCCUAACUGGAGGUGGCAAUCAGUGAGAAAAGUGGACGAUAAAGACUACUUACAAGUACAGAGGAAGGGGGGUGCUAAGGGAGACUGGGCCACAGGGAGGGGAGGCAUGGGGAGAGAACAGAGUGAGUUAGGCAGGGAAGGUAGGCAGGGAUGGGUCCCUGGAGGAGCAGGGUGGGGGAAGCCUGAGCUUUGAGAACAGAAGAUGUUUGAAGGUAUGAAGCCAGCCUCAGAAGUGUGUGCUGUCACCUGGAGUGAAAUGGGGCUGUGGCUGGUUGCACUGAACAGGGUUACAGGGUACUUGGCUGGCUUUGCCCAUCCUUGUGGUGCCCUUUAAGACUCUUGAGUCCCGGGGCUCCCAUGUGGCUAAGCUUUUGACUGGUACUGCUGGGGUUCAUAGCAGGUCCAGGUAUCAUGGUCUUAGCAACCACCCCAGAGUGCAUUCUUUGAGUGGAGCUUGCCAUGUGGGUGGAACUGGCUGCCCUUUAUCAACACUGAGGUGUUCAAGUCUAGUUAGUCUUGCUCUGGUUCCAACCUUUGGAAAGCUGAACUCUGACUCAAAAUUCCCAGACUCUUAACCCAUCCUCCAACCCCCAAAUAGGAAAAGCCAAUUCCAUUAAAAAAAAAAAAAUCUUUUGGCCUACCCAUGGGUCAAAGUUCACCUCCCCUGGUGGCUGUCAAGGAAUGAGACCCCAGAACACUCAUCGCCUCUUUGCUAGCAUAGCUCCCACAAGCACCUGUCCUGCAGCAACUCUUCCAGAUCCACCCUGCAAGGUUAAAGUUGAGGAGGAGGAACAGUUAAGAAAGGAGACGGCAUCUCCUUGAGACUUGCCAGUCUGUGAAAUGGGAUGGUCAUAGUGAUGUUCUGUUGCUGUAAGGAGACCCUGAGGGAUCCUUUAAAGGUCUGGGUCACUGGGGACAGGCAGCACACAGCACAUUAGCUAGUCAACUCCAUCCUUCCCUAUCUGUAUUUUUCUGAUAGCUAUAUUUGACUCCACGAAAAUCGGCCCCAUUCCCAGAACAGAAGCACAACCAUUCUGAAGUUACUGGAACGUGGGUUUGUGUCCAGUCUGCCUUUGGGCCAUCUAUCUUCCAGUAGCUAGAAUCCAAGCCAUGGCUCCCUUCCCUCCCUACAACCGAGUUUUGCAGGCCAUGAGGGAAGUAGCUCCUCCUUUCCAGUUGGGCCUUUGGCUGUAAGUAUGGGGAAGCAGGCUAACCUUAGAGGGCCAUCUUUCUGGGCUUGCCAGAUUUGGGGCCUGGGCCCAGCAGGAGCAGCCAGACUUGACAGGGCGCCUGGUGGUGAUUUGUGCUGUCAUGGUAUCUGGUGGUGUGUCUUCUUGUGUAAUCUGUUGGUUACUUGUGUCUUGAAACUUAGAAUCAUUUCACACAGUAUUGUCACUAUUUGUUGGGAAGAGAAAAUGAAGUAGAAGCAGCCUAGUCUUACAUUCGUGUCUUGUUACCAUUUAAGAUUGACAUUUAAUUUUUCAAAUCAUUGUUGGUGCCUAAUCACUUAAGUUAUUAAUUUAUUCUGUUUUCAAAAAAAAUUUGUAACAUGUAUUUAUCUUGUGAGGUCUGGGGGUGGGGCGGGAAAUGUGUUCACGUGAGUCAUGUUUUUGCAGUGGUGACAAAUGGUACAGGCCUGGAGCUUGCAGGUCCCUUUUUAUUAUGGUGUAGAAGCAGGGCAAUAAAGUCCUUUAGAAAUGCAA